CUUGUCUCCCUCCUUCAUACGAAUUUGGUGGUAACCUGAUCUGAAAUCAAUCUUGGAAAACACCGUAGAGUCAUGUAAUUCAUCAAGCAUAUCAUCUAAUCGUGGAAUUGGAUGACGAUAAUUAACUGUAAUUUGAUUGAUGGCUCGGCAGUGUACACACAUAUGCCAGGUGUGAUCCUUCUUUGGCACGAGAAUCACCGGAACUGCACACAGGCUCAAACUUUCUCGAACAUGCCCCUUCUCCAUGAGCUCGUCAAUCUGCCUUUGUAGCUCUUUGGUCUCUUAUGGAUUAGCUCGAUAUGCCUGUUUGGAAUUUGAGCUCCCGGCACGAAAUCAAUCUGGUGCUCAAUUCUGCGAAUAGGAGGCAGCCCCUUCGGUGCUUCCUUUGGAAGCAUGUAACACCCUUACUUUAAAUUACAAAACGAAACAGUAAAAUACAUCGAGUUUAAACAUUCUCGGGCCCGAGCUUUAUAUAUGUAUUUUUUUUCAAACUUCAAACUAUAAUUUACAUUUUCAAUAGAGUCGAAACAGAAAACCGGGGAAUUCUGCUUUAUUACAAAAUCCACACAACAUAAAACAUUCAAGGAGUUCGGAGUCCUCCGCCCACCUCAUGGCUUCCCUUCAAGCUUGAGUCCCGAUAUCUACAGUACACGCCUUACUUCUACUCUUGAUCUGAGGAAAAAUGGUGACGAAGGAUGAGUCGUCGCUUAGUGAAUAAAUUCUAAGCUCACAUCGACAUCAAUACAAAAACAGUAUCGGGCAGAAACACCCUAGCACAUAACAGGACUUAAGCGGUUUAUCCCACUUGUCAUUUUACUGAAUCAAUCCAGUUCACAUGCUCACAUUCCACAGUCAAAAUACAUAAACAGAUGACAGAUAGAGGCAUUUUGCUUAUACAAUUUCACUUUCAGACUUGCUAAAUGAUAUACUCCUCGGGUAGUACAGUAGUGGAAGGCUGCAGGAUAACCAUGUACAGCCAUCAGAUAACUGGAGUACCACGGGACAAAACCCCAUCCGGUACAAACAGGAGUGCACAAGGCACGAAUCAGGAGUGCUCAAGGCACGAAACAGGAGUGCUCAAGGCACGAAACAAGAGUGCUCGCACCAACAGGAGUAUCGCGGGACACAACCCGGACCGAUACAAAAACAGGAGUCGCCACGUGAUAGACCGUCAUUUACACAUGUUUUUACCCCCAUUCUUACACCGUUUGAGGUGUUGAUUCUCGUGUUUUAGGCCAAUUUCACGCUAGGUUGUGCUUGUUUGUGAUGUUUCAGGUCCUAGUACGUGAAUGAAGGCUUAGGAGCGAGUCUGGGGUCGAUUGGACGAAGAACGGACGAAUGGCGAGGUUUUUGGGGAGCUGCACGGGCAGACCAGGGAGGCUGCACGGCCGUGCACGUGAGCAAUAUGGCCGUGCGCCUUAUGCCGAGGACACGCACGGGCAACCCCUGGAGCUCGCACGGCCGUGCACCCUGGCCGUGCGAGAGGGCUGAAGUUCGACUAAAUGACACGCUGCGUUUUGAGUUGCACGGCCAGAAUGGUGAUAUGCACGCCGUGCACCCUGGCCGUGCGAGUCGGGAUUUCCUGGUUUUAAGCCAAAUUCCGAACCAAAGAGGAGGGAGAGCUGGGUUUUGGAUCCCAAACACCCAAGGGACGAACCCUAGAGAGAGAGAGCGACUUGGGAACAUUCUUGGAGCUAUUUUGGAGGAUUUCUUCGCCAUUGAAGCUCGGAAAUCAAGCUUGGAGAUGGAGAUUGAAGAUCUAGAUCAGAUUUCUGCAGUCUCUCUCUUCUCUAUGGAGUAACUUCCCUUCACUUAGGUUUUGAGGAACCUUAGUUCCAUGAGUUAGGAUCUUUCUUGUAUGAAGUUUUGGAUGCUAUAUUGUUUGAUUAUAAUCGAAUGAUGCAUGUUUAUUGAGUCAAUUGAAGUCUGAUCAACUUUUCCUGAUUCCUGCUGCAAUCUGAGAUGGAUAGAAUCUGAUUAGGUUGCUAGAGUCUCAUCAUUCGGUAGUAGGAGAUUGGCUAUACGAGAGUUAGCCAGUUUACUGCUUUGUACUGGAAUCCAAUUCCAGUAGUGGAGUUCUGUGCUUAUUGCUUCAGCUUUCUAUCCCGGUGAAGACUAGUCGUAUGUCGGAUAGUUAGACUGAGAGGGCUUGGUCAGCUUAAGAGAUUCUAAGCUACUGUCGGAUCUUCCGCAGUUUAAUCAACAGUAAAUCAACCAAAAUGAAUUACAACUUGGACCUAAUUGAGGAGCUAGGGGGAAUCAUACCUAAGUGAGUUCCCAAACUGUAAUUAGUAGUUUUACUUAGUUGAGUUAGUAGAGUAGUUUAGUUAAUCAACCCUUAAUCUAGUUUGCUAGAUAAUGAACUGAAGCUGAGUAA